UCAAAAAUCAAAAUGGCGGCCGAAUCGACACCAGCGAAAAUAAGGCGACUCUUUUCUUCUUUUUUGAGCGACAAAACAAACAAUAACCAUUUUGAAGAUGAUGGUACAUUGCCGAAGGAAGCGGAGGAGAAUUUAAAGGAAAGCCAAGAAAGGAGGGACAAAGAACUGUUUUUCAAAAGAGUCGAAACUUACUCAGCUUUAACAUGGUUUGCAAAGCCUUCAGAUGUUUCACCAUUAGUUUGUGCGAGCUAUGGAUGGGAAAAUACUGACACUGAUAUGCUUCGGUGUGUGAACUGCAGAGCGUUUGUGUGUGGGACUCUUCCAAAACAAGUGGAUGCUGAGUCAUAUAAAAAAUGUUGUGAAGAACUGAAAAGAAAAUUGAAAGAAGCCCAUGAAAUUGUAUGCAAGUGGUCCUCGAAUCCCACCCCAGAAAAACUGUACAGCCUGCCAUUUUAUAGCAAAGAAAUCAUGCUGAAGGAGUUCCAGCAAAGACUUUCUACCCUUGAGGCCCUGAAACUACCCCAGCUGUCAUAUAGAUCCAUAGAUGACCAGGGUGUCACAGAGGACAGGCUGUCAGAAUAUAUUGGCAGAAUUCCAGGGACAACUGACCAUGAUCAUGCCUUGUUAGCUCUCUGUGGAUGGUUGUAUUGUGGGUCCAAACUUGAUAUUCUCCAGUGCUCCUAUUGUCGGAGAAAAGUUGGCCUUUGGAAUUAUUGCCACUCGGAGCCUGACAAAAAAACAGCAGAACAUGAACUGGUCAUCCCUAAAUCUCCCCAAGAAUGUGAUGCAGAAAGCAAGCAAGUUGACACAAAUGGUGAACACAGCUCGGAGGGAUCAAUAAAUGGUGAUAUGUUGAAGCAUACGUCCAAUGGGGAAAAGAGAAGCGCUUCUGGUGAUAAUGGUCAUUGUGAAAGUAUAGAACAAAUCCCAAGUCCAGAGCCACCAUCAAAAAGACCUAAAUUGGAUAAACAAAGUUUCGACCCCUUAGCUGAACACCGGUACUGGUGCCCUAUAAUCCAUUCUGAAGCAUACCAUGAGCCAGGAACCUUUGCAAAAGUUUCCCUGGCAACCACACCUAAUCCUAUUGCUAGGCAACCAGAUUCAAGGUGUUCAAGCAUAUCCUUGGCAACCAGCCCUUCCACACAAUCAGAGUUUAUGAAUCCAGAUAUGGACAGAGAUCAUACGUGGCUUAAAGUGAUGAAGGUUUUAAGUGACACCAAUAAAAGUGAAGAGUUUCAAGCACAGAUGAAAUCUAGUCCUCCCAUGGCUUGUGUGCAACGCCUUCGUCAUGUUCUGCGGAACUGUACCUCGCCAGAUAAAUUAUCCACAGUCACAUCAAAAAUUGCCUCUUAAACAGUAACUGAUAUUGUCUGCAAUAUAUUUGGCAUAUAGGAAACAAUAUCUGAUAUUGUGUUGAUUGUUCAGAAACUUGCUAAAACUCACAGUGUCGUUAACAGAAUCGUUAUAAAUGAUAGAUGGAAUAUUUUAUGAUGUGCUCAUUAAUUUAAAUGAAACAAGUACAGCUGAAACAUAAUAAAAUUAUGUCUCAAUUGUUCUUAGAAAUACUGCAAAUCACAAGUGCAUCCAUUCAACUUUCCAGUGCAGUAAUGAUUUGAAAGAUAACAAAGCUGUCAUUAACAAUGUUUUAUGUUUAACAAAGUUCUGAAUGAUUGGCUCAUUGUCUGCAAUAUAUCGGGCAAAUGGCAAACAAUAACUUGCACACUUGAUAAAAGUUGUUUUGUCUAGAUUUUGAUAUGGACCAUUUUGUAUUGACUUUCACUGUUACUUUUCGAUAGUAUACAUGAUAUGAUCUCACCACGUCAGUUCUGAAUAAGAGGUUACAUUUUUUCCUAAAUCUUUUACAUAUAAUAAUAUUCUUAUAUGGAAUCAAGUAAAAUUGUUCAGAAUUCAUUUCGUAGACUCAGAAUCAGUGACUCUCAUAGAAGAUCAGCACAACAUGUAUCGUCUAUAUCGUUAGAAAAGAAAUAGAAACGAUAAACCAUCUCGCCUGAAAGGUUCUCCACAAACAUCUCACCAUGUGAAUAAGGAAAAGCAUGUGAUUGAACUAACUCUAUGUUAAAAUAAAUAGAUGAUUCAACUGGUAGCUUUACUUAAUUGUUGGAAAAAGUGGACAGCUUGAAAGUGAUAUUUCAUAACAACUCCAUUCACACAUUUUUAUUGUUCAAAUAUUUGAUAUAAAGCCUAUAUGACUAUAAUGCCCAAUUUGCUAACUAUAGUAUACAAAUGUGCUUUGAAUUUUUAACAGUAUAAUUGCAUAAUAAGUUCAUGUGGCAUACUUUAUUUUUAAAAUAUCUGAUAUUUUUUGUAUCUAUUUUGAUGAGAGUUGUUGAUUAUAUAUUGAAAAGGUAAAACAUUGUUUUGUUAUUUUUACCUUAAUUUGGGACCCCUAAAAUAAACUUCCAUGCAGAGAAAAAUAUCUUUUGUGGUCCCAUAAAUUUAAAUUGAUCAUGACCAUCAGAUGACCCCUAUAAUUUUUGAGGUCAAAAGUCAUGUGUGGGAUGACCAUGGACACAUUUUUUUCCUAAUUGAUCAAUAUAGUAUGCUUUGUCCAACAGUCCUUAAACUUGGCAGGUAGGUUGGUCAUGACAAGCAGUUGACCCCUAUUUAUUUUCUGAAUCAGUAGGUUAAAAGUCAUGGUUGCAGUGACCUUCGAUACAAAAAGCUUGUCCUACUGAUAGCUUUGUUUAACUGACCUCAAACUUGUUAGGGAUGCUGGUCUUGACAAGCAGAUGGCCCCUAUUAAUUUUGAGGUCAAAGAUAAUGGUCAUUGUGAUCUUUGACACAGAGAGCUUGUUUGAUUGAUAACUAGAGUAUGCUUGGUCAUAAAGUCCUGAAACUUGGUAAGGAGAUUUGUCAUGACUUGCAGAGACUUUGGAUACAAAAAUUUAACUAAUCAAUAACUAUUUAGUUCUUUCAUCAAAACGUGUAGGGAUGUUGGUCAUAAUCUUAAUUCCUGUGCAUAUAUAAAACUCCUGUUUUUAGCUCUACUGGCCAAUGGCCAGAAGAGCUUAUGCGAUGGUAAUGUGUACGUAGUAUGUGCGUCCGUGCGUUCAUGCGUCUGUAAACAAUUGCUUGUGAACACGAUACAGUCUUCAGUUUUGAUUGUAUCUCGAUGAAACUUGUACAGUAUCUAGAUAUCCAUUAGAGCUCGGUUCCUUUUGAAAACCAGCCUAGAUUAUGGGCCAUGAAAGUUUUAAAGAAAUGCUUUCUUUUUUAGCCAGGUCUGCAUGGGGGAAUUCUAUUUUUAGCCAAGUUUACAUGUACAUGUAAAUUCAAGUCUAGAGUUAAGGGAGACAAUUUGCAAGUCUAGGAUUUUGAGAGACAAUUUGCUCUUUGCUUCUGCAGUUGAUUUUGUGAAUUACUCUGCCUUGUUCUUGUUGAAAGCCCAAAGGCCAUUUUUUAGCUUUAAGUUCUGUAGUUUGCGCAUUCAUCUUAACAAAAUUGGUUGUGAAUGUUUAAGUUAUACACCUGGUGUCAUUACUGGCCACACCCAGGGUUCACAGGUUUGGUAAACAUAAAUCUGGAAAGGUUUGAAAAUCUUUUUGUGUGUUCGUGCAUCCAUCUCAGCACAAUUGAUUGCGAAUGUUUGUUCAAAUUGAUCAAUGUUGUCCUAGGAUGCCCUUGACUUUGACCUUUUGACCAACUUUUUUUAACUUUUAAAACUACAGAAAUUUUUACUAUGUGUACAGUUUUGAAAGCAUUUUUUUUUUUUGUCAGAUGACUUUUACUUGGCACAUAUUAAAAUAGUUCAUGCAACUAAUCUGCUUACAAUACUUUCUGGGCUCAGAUGUUGAACGUGCUACGUUUUCAGGUAACCCAAACACAAAACAUAAAGUAUAUGUCUGUUGCCUUUUACCCAUACAUACAUGCUCUGGAUUGAUAUGACCACAAAAGCCAUGCCAGUAGAGCAUAGGCCCUUUUGGGCCUCUUGUUUAUUAAAUUAUCAUUAUGUAUGAAACUCAUGUGCAUAUAUGCAGUUCCCAUGCAUAUAUGAAGUUCCCAUGCAAAUAUGAAGUUCCCAUUUAAAUAUGAAAACCCAUGCAUAUAUGAACUACUGUGCAAUAUAUAUAAGUGCUGUCAAAUGUUUUGAUUUUACUGAUGCAGGAAACAUUGUUGUGAAAUUAUAUUAUAUUAUUACUUUGAGUUGUUUUGAAUAUCUUUGCCUGUACUUUUGUUAUGAUUGAUGUAAUUUUUUUUAAGAAAGCAUGCGGAUUUAUAAAGAAAGUCUUUAUUCUUGUACGAAGUCUUUGUUAACAUUCUAUUUUGCUUGAUUAAUAUUAAACCUGUCAAUAUUAAAACAAUGACUGUUGCCCAAAGUUGAGGUUAUUUCAGAAAGAAUUUCAAGUCGGACACUGUUUAUUUCUAAGUAUUUUUUAUUGAAGUGGAUUGAUUGAUUUUGUAUUUAUAGAAUAUGUAUGUUUGGCAAAGCCUUUUUUUGCUCAAAUUUGGUGAAAGAUGACUUUUAUUUUCAUAGAAAUGUAUAGUCGCAACCCGUUAUGUCAAAGUGGUCGAGACCACAGGAAAUACUUCUGGAUGACAAACAUUCAACAUUAUUGAAAUACAAAAAUGUAACACCAAACUGAACAGUUUUGGGUCAGUAUUCUGUUCUCGCUGAUAUUCACAUUUGUCAUUGAACUGGUACCCCCACAGGGACUUAAAUAUGACUUUGUUAUAAUAGCGAAUUAUCCAGAUAAAAAAAUGACAUAAGCUGAAUUGUUUUGUAUAGCAACAGAUGAAAUGAAUUCAAGAACAGGUUAAAAAAGUUAAAAAUCCAGGUAAAAGAUCAACAUAACGGCAUUCAGCUCAAUCGACUGUUUAUGAAAAUGUACUGAAUGAAUGUUAACUUGAUUGUUUAUGAAAAUGUACUGAAUUAAUGUUAACUUGAUUGUUUAUUGCUAUUGCUUCUUGUAUUUUAAGUUAUUGGCUUCGGUAACUGACUGUUAAAAUUUUUGUGUUUGUCUUAAUAGAAAAUAUUGUUUUGCCUUCAGUUACUGACUUGAGAAUAGUUUAUGUUUUAUCUCUUAAGAUACAUGUACACAUAUCAUUGUGCAUGUAUAUUGGCAUAAUUGAACUUGUUACCUUCAUGCACAAAUAAAUG